AUGAAGUCGAUGUAUACUCUCGCUAUCGUCGCUGCUACGGCAUUGAUUAGCAAUUCAAUCGCUGCACCAUCUCCAGAAUUAUACACACGACAAUAUAAGACGUUAACGUAUAUGGGAUGUUUUUCCUCGGGUCUGGGAUUGACCAAGAAUUCAACAUACAUAUUCAACAGUAAAGGAUGGUGUCAACAUCAAUGUGUGCCUGCUGGCGAGUAUGCAGUUCAGGCAACAUACAACAGCGAUGAAUGUUGGUGUGGUGACGAUCUUCCUCCAGCAGCUGAUUUAGUCGACGAUUCAAAGUGUAAUAGUCCUUGUGCUGGUACUAGUUUAGAGAUGUGUGGUGGUACCAAACUUUAUUGGUCGGUUUAUCUCACUGGUACAGAAAGUUCAGCACCAAAUUAUGAUCCUGCUGCGGCAGCUUCAUCAUCUUCAUCAUCCGUCGCUGCUACACAUACCACAUCUAUUGCACCAUCAGUUGUCACCGUAGGAGAGGAGCCGGAGUCGAGGAAGGAAUACCCGAAAGAAUUGCAGCCGUCCAAUAAACUUUUGGUCACUGGUGGUAAAGUACCUGUUAGCAGUGGUGGUUCUUUUACCGACACUCGACUUGAUCCUACUCUCGCAAAUAGAAGAAUGAGUGAUGGUAGUAUCGCUGAUAAUCAAGAUUACUCAAGGAGAAUCCUCAAGGUCACCAACGCAUGA